AUGCAGAUCACUGAUCGAGAACGGAUCAACGACUCAAAUGAAAGGCCUUCGACGCCGCCCAACAUGGUUGAUGCAAUUGCCUCAACGCCUCCCCGUGCAAAGCCGAACAUUGACAGUAGCGAGGAGCAAGAUGAGGAAGACGAACAGCUGGGCCAUCUCCCCAUCCUAAAUAAUUCACAAUGUGGGUAG